UUAGUGGUGCCCCAGCUGCGCUCGGCCUUCCAGAAGAUUGCCCCGACGCUGAUAGAGACGCACGGCAAGGAGCUCCAGCACGCCGCGGACGCCGACCCAUCCAGGAACUUCCCACCCGCGAAGACACMCCCGCAAAAGGGCAGCGAGACGGUCAGCCAGUCGACGUCCUCGUCGGCCCAGAAGACGGGCUCCAUCGUCAACACCACGACGGUGACGGACCAGCAGGAGUUCCGCACCACGGCCGAGGAGGCCUACAAGACGUUUGUCGACCCGGCCCGCAUCGCCGCCUUCACGCGCGCCCCACCCAAGCUGUUCGAGGGUGCCCACAAGGGCGGAAAGUUCGAGCUUUUUGACGGCAACGUGGCCGGCGAGUACGUCGAGCUCGACGAGCCCAAGCGUCUGGUGCAGAAGUGGCGCCUCAAGCAGUGGCCAGCCGGCCACUACUCCAGCCUCCGCAUCGACUUUGACCAGAAUGACGUCGACCAUGUUACCGUGAUGCGCGUCACCUGGGAUGGCGUGCCCAUCGGCCAGGAAGAGGAGUUCCGCACCACGGCCGAGGAGGCCUACAAGACGUUUGUCGACCCGGCCCGCAUCGCCGCCUUCACGCGCGCCCCACCCAAGCUGUUCGAUUGA